UACCAGUUGGUCCCUUGGAAGCGAAUGUUAUAUAAGGGCCAAGAUUAGGGAGUCGGAAUCUUUUCUUUGUCCAUUACGGAGUAUAGACCGGGUAACUUUUUCUUUUGGAACGAAAUUUCUAAUGGGUUUGAAGGUAGUGAUUUUUGCCGUGUUCCUGUUAACAUGUUUGUCACACCUAGUUCACACUGGAGGUGUGGGAGUUUCACAUACUUAUCAGGACUCUAAAGGGAAUUUCGCUUACUACCUUCACACUCGAGAUGGGAGGAUGGCUACACACUUUCAACGAGGCUCUGGAGGUGCUGCUUUAAUCAAGUCUGCCAAGGGAUUUCCCAGACCUGCUCUUUCCCAGCUAGCCAUAAAACCUUCACAUGAUACACUACAACCAGCAGCAACUACUGGUAAAGGUGUUGUACCGAUAUAUCCGCCAAUGAACAAGAACCGUCUUUAUGUCAUGGGUUACAUAUACGUCAAAGACUUUCUUCCCAGGUCUGGUACUUUCUAAGCAAUAAUCUAAACUGAACGUCAAGCAUCAAUAAAAAGGAAAGCAGUUUCGUUCCAGGAAACAACCGGGAGAGAGUAAUGGCUAAAGAAUACUGUGGUUGUUUGUUUCUAUUAAAAAAUCGAUGCCCUAAAUAUUCCGGUUAUGUAUUAGCUAUAUAAUGAGUUCGUUUUACAAAGUCAUACUUUGAUUCGCACCAUUCAUAACUAACUCUCUACUUACACGUAAAAAAAAAGUUAUAAGAAGAUUUCUUCAAACUUUCCAUUGUUUCUAAUUUCAGAGAUAAUAAUGUUGCUAUUGUAGCUUAAAGUUACAUAAGUAAAGAGCAUGAUUUAAGUUAAAAUAGUCUGCCAAUUAAUAUUAGUUUUAGUUCUGA